UUGUGGAAGUAAAGAUUACUACCACACAACUCAACCGGAAAAACAAACGUGGAAAAACCAGAAAGCUCUGUAAUUGUGACACUCCGCUUCCUGAAAUUCUCAAAGAUCAACAAAAUGAAUCUACUCAGCCCUUCUUCGAUCCCCGCCUUUCAAAACCCAAUCCUCAAAACUAUGAAUUCAUAUUCACGUCCAAUAAAUUCGAUGGCGAAAACUAACGACAGGGCAGCCACGUCGCCUCUUGAAGCCCGCGUCUCCCUCGUCCUUGCUCUCGCAGCUCAGACUUCUUCACUCUCUCAGCGCUUGUUGAUGGAUUUGGCUACGGAGACGGGAAGAUACGUGUUCCCGAGUAGGAGGUUCGAGAGCAGGAAUUUAGAGGAAGCAUUGAUGUCUGUGCCGGAUAUUGAGACCGUGGAAUUUAAGGUUUUGAAGCGCAAUGAGAGGUACGAAAUAAGAGAAGUUGAGUCUUAUUUUAUAGCUGAAACAACGAUGCCUGGGAAGUACGGGUUUGAUUUUGCUGGUGCAUCUCGAUCUUUCAACGUGUUGGCUGAGUACUUGUUUGGUAAGAACACUAAAGAGAAGUCAAUGGAGAUGACUACACCAGGUUUUACUCGUCGGGUUGGAUCUGAAGCAGAAGGAGAGAAAAUGGAUAUGACUACCCCAGUGAUAACCAGAAGAGUGGAAGAUGAAGAUAAGUGGAAGAUGUCAUUCGUCAUGCCCUCAAAGUAUGGCUCCGACUUACCAUUGCCGAAGGAUUCAUCUGUGAGUAUCAAAGAGGUGCCAAAACGGAUCGUUGCAGUUGUUGCGUUUUCAGGAUUUGUUACUGAUGAUGAAGUUGCACGUCGCGAAUCAAGGCUGUGGGAGCUACUGAAGAAAGACCAGGAAUACAGAGUGAAAGAUGGCGCCUCUGUAGAAGUUGCACAGUACAACCCGCCUUUCGCACUCCUAUUCAAUCGCCGUAAUGAAAUUGCUCUUGAAGUUGAGAAGCAAGCUUAGCUUCAGUUUUCACAAAGCCUACUGCUCAUUUUUGCAUCAAUGUACGGCUACUACAAAUAAAUACUAGUAUAUUGAUAUCAUGAUUACAUACCUUUAAUGAGCUUGUGCUAUGCAAAUCUUGAUUAGUUA